AAUCAUUUCUUGAAGUGAAAACUGCAGAUAGUUGCUGGUGGAAGCAUUGUCAUGUUCAAAAAUGAAUAUCAGGGGGGAGCAUUUUUUGAAAUCUUCAGUUCUCAAGGUAAAGAUCCUGUGGCAAAAUGGAAACUCUUUGGAAGUCAGUCAUCUAUUUGGAAGGGCUUUGAUAAGGAAGUGAAGAGUUUUGUCUUUGUCCUUGAAGGAAGCAGCCAGACUAUCAAGAUGCAGCUGCCAAAAGAGAGCAAACAAAUGCUUGGACUGAUCCAGAGGUUUCUGAUCUUGCAGCUGUACAUCCCACUAGGACAAGACUUCUCUGCCGAACUACUAAUAACCGAUUUGGCAAAUAUUAAAAGAAGAUUAUAUUUAUCAACUGUCCAUAAGGAAUUAUCCGCAACCCCUUUACAUGCGAAAAUCCCUUUGUCCAUUGUCAAACGUAAAGUGUGGUGUAAUCUAUGCAUCGACCUUGUUGACUUCACAAGCGGAAUAUUUAAGGGGGCCGUGUUUCAAUCAUUGGAUGGAAUCAUUGUUUCAGCAAACUGUAAGCUGAGGAAAAUAUAUACAAUGAAGUUAAAGCCCCAGGAGACAGAACAAGAUAUAUAUGGAUCUGCAUUGGCCAGCUGUGAAUCCACUGAUACACUUCCCCGAAGCUGCCAAAUUACAACAGAUGUGGAUCAGGUCACACAGGUGCUGGAUCUAACAAGGUUACGUCCCAGUGAAUCACGAGACGAUGCGAGGCUCGGGAUCUCAGGGGAUGGAGAUUCCAUCAGCAGCAGAGGGCAGUGUAGCUCUCAAGAUAUAAGGAAAGCCCACCAAUCUCACAUUGCUUUUGGGUCCAAGGUUUCAGGUCCUCCACCAGCCACUGGGAGAAAAAACAGUGCCAGGUCACCUACAGAGUCAACAAGGUCUACAAGCAGACAUGAAAAAUCCUUACCACAGCUGUCCCCAGAGAAGGGAAUUGGACCAGAUACAAGCAUCUUGUCACCGAAACUGACUCCACUUUCAGAACAAAAGAACAAAGAAAACUUACAGCAGGCACAAAGAAAAGACAUACAACGUCAAGACUACCGGCCACAUCCACCCCAGGAGCCGCCAACAGAUAGGAGCAGAAGACUCAGGAGUGCAGGGAGGAAGGAGCAAACAAGACCAGCUCUUGACAGCUCUUCUGUGGGACACGGCAGAAAUGAAGAUAAGCUCUCUGUUCAGAUCCAUAUGUCUUCCUGUGAGAACAGAGCGCAGACGCCGAGUAUCGCCAGAGCCAACAUUACAGAUGAGUGGGUAUUUCCUGACACUUCCCAAGAUGAUGCAUCCAAACUGUCUGACAACCAACAUCAAACAGACAUCAGUCUCAGCUGUCACCAGCCGGAAGAUAGCAGCCAAAAUGACACCAGCUAUCCUGCAGAUGGGGCCCCCGAGGACCCAGAUGAAGCAUCCCCUGCUUCCUCAAUGAUUUGUACAACAUCUCGUGGGAAACUUCAGGCCUUUCAGUUUUCCAGAGACGUCGUCUCUCCAGAUCUCCUGGAACAUGACGGACGAGGAGCGCAAAUGGAGGACGAUUUCUAUGGAAGUGACAGCAGCACGGAGCUCACUGACGUCACCGGUUGGCAGAAACUGGCUGGCUUUCGUCCCACCGAGCUCCUGGCAACCGAUGACAUCACGCAUGCGCAGGUGCUAUCAGUCGAUGAUGGUACUCAGACAUUAAACACCCUGCGUUCCACACGGCAGAAGUGCUGGUGGACGGGAGUGGAGCUGGCUCACUGCUAG